AUUGCUGGGCUAUUUAUAAUGAAGCUCAAGGAAGGUCCGACUCACGGUAUUUGUUCUCAUUCGGUAUCUUCCACCGGCGAUAAUGGCUCAGACAGUUGUCCUCAAAGUUGCUAUGACUUGUGAAGGUUGUGUUGGGGCUGUAAAGCGGGUGCUUGGCAAAAUGCAAGGUGUGGAAUCGUUGGACAUUGAUUUGAAGGAGCAGAAGGUGACCGUGAAAGGCAAUGUAGAGCCUGAAGCAGUUCUGCAGACUGUGUCCAAGACAGGAAAGAAGACUUCCUUCUGGGAAGCAGAAGCACAAGGUGAAGAUAAACCAAAACCUGCUUCUGCUGAAGCUGUUGCUUGAUGUGUAUGAGUGGCUAUGCACUGUGGUAUUAAUAGAAGAAAAGCUAUGGUUAUAGGUUGAUUUGGUGGACUUGCUACCUGUACUUAAACUGUUCGAAUGGCCAGCCAGUAUUUGAGGGUACUUGAUUGUUA